AUGGCCAUGAGAGCCAAGCAGAGACUUACCUCUCUGCCAUUCCCAGUUUUGAUCACUGAGUUAUGCCGGCGUGCCGGAGUACCCUGGGAUCCUGCGAAUGAUAUAGAGGUCAUCCCUUCAUCCUCCACGAACAUCCGGCGUAUUGAGGCGGAGUUCACACGAGAGGAGAUUGACAGAAGGAAAGCAGCUCCGGCAGAUAUCUCUCCGGAAGUUGAUGUUGACUCGUUACCAGCACAAGCACCUUUGCCUACUCCGGCCUCUGAGCCUUCAGGUACAUCUGCACCCUCCUCUUCUUCACAGGUACCAGGUGCUUCUUCCUCCUCCUCCUGGCCAUCAAAGAUUACUCAGGCGAUGAUCCUGAAGAUAGGACACUUGGCCCUGUCAGCGGAUAUGCGGGCUACCCGACUGGAAAGGUCUGUUCCGGAGAUGAUCGACAGGGCCAUACUGGCAGCACUUACCCUCCUUCCGACUUCUGUUGAUGCCUUGACAGUGUGCGUCAUUGCUUGUGAAAGCAGACAGAGGAAGGCCUCUGAGGAUGCUCCUGAGACCUCGGGGAUUCCUUCGACUACUACCGGAGAUGUGCAGGGGGAUGGCACAGCACAUGCAGAGUCGGAUGCAGAGACCGACGAGGAGUUGAUAUCAGUACAUGAUGAGGAGACACAGAAGAGCAGAGAUGAGGACAUAUUCAGAAACUUGCCAGAUCUUAUAGAGACGGUUGUGCAUUCGGUGAUCCAGACAUUGCCUACCGAGACAUCCACAACAGCUCCCAGUGGAUCUGGCAUUUCUAUUCCGUCUGAGGCUACUUCGGGCACUGAUGCCCAUAUACAGACUACUACACCAGCCACCAAGACCCCGACAGAGAGAGAGACUGCAUAG